GCCACCUGCUCCAACUAGUGCUGCGGUGGUAUUAUUAAUUUAAUUUUGAUGCAGCUAUGCAAUGGUUAGUAGGUUGGUUGUUAUUAUUAGUUGUUAGUAGCUGGGGAUUCAAUCCCAAAUCUGGUGAACAUUUUACCUCCCUUAAUGACUCCCUUAAUGAGGCACGCGGCCCAUCGGGCCACUGGGCCGCUUGGUGGAGUUCUGAUGCAGCUAUCUGGCACCCCAGUAGUUGUGUCAUUUAUUAUCUUAUGCCUUCUAAUUUCUAAAGCUUCAUAGAGAUUGAUGUGCUAAAUGGAGUCACACAAUACAUAACAGUCUGAAGCAACUACUAUUGCUGAACCUUUACCGCAUUUUCUAGUCCGUGGAACUGCUCAGAGAAUUUCUGUUUCUUUUUGUUGUAAAGUAGUUGUAAAGUCACUGGUUUCUACCUGUUUGCAGACUUUGUGCUGGAGAGUCAUGGAUUCAGGUUGAGUCAGAGAUUCUGAACCCUGUGAUUCCUGUAUCUGUAACAUGAUUGCUAUGGGUUAUGCUUGGUGUCUACAGCUUAAUGAAAUAUAUUUUGCUUUUUAAUACUCAAAGUGGGGUUUUAUUUAAGUGAUUCUUUAUGUUAAAAGUUUAGCGAUUCUGAUUAAGACUAUAAGACUUUUGAGUGCUUUAGUGCCAUUUACCACACUUUCCGCAGAAGAUAUAAAUAUUAGACUUUUUGGCUUUCGAUGUGAAAUCACUGAACCAUUUUGCUGUUGUUAUCUGAUUACCUCUCUCUAUUUUCAAUGUGAGCGCAAUCUUACUGUGGUACGUGAAAACUGACAUAAAAACGAACCUGAGGGUCUCCGCUCUGGAAUGUCAAGAAAUUAAUGUGCUGUUG